CACAAGCACACACUCACACAGACACCCCACCCUGCUGUGCCUGCAGCUGGUUAAACCCUGCUGUUAGGCCUCUUCCUGUGAGGAGCUAAGCUCAGCUCAGUCAUGAAGCGGCAGUUGGAGCUAGCUGCAUUGGGCCUGGGCAUUACAGGCUGGCUGUGCGCCAUCCUCACCCGCUGCCUGCCCCUGUGGAAAGUCAGCGGCACUCUGGACAACUCCACAGCCACGCUGCCAGCAUACUGGGAUGGGGUGUGGCUGGAAUGGAACCACUGGGACCUCAACCAUGACGGUAGCCUCCACUGCUCCUUCUACCAGUCUUUGUUAUCACUCUCUGGAAACUUCCAAACAUGGAGAAGCUUGAUCAUGGCUUCUAUAGGUGCUGGAGCUUUUGCUGUGGUCAUCAGUAUCAUUGGAGAGGUGUGGUUUCCGAAGAGGAAUCAGGUGAAAGUUGUCUCCGGUGUGGUGUUUGUGCUGUCUGGAAUACUGCUGCUUGUCCCUGUCGCUUGGACCUGCCACCACACUAAUAAGCCACUGGAGGGCGCUGUGGUGCUGAGGAGAGACUGGGGAGCUGCUCUGUACAUAGGAUGGAUCUCCUUCUCUCUGAUGGUAGUAGGGGGAGGGUUUCUCAGUACUAGAUGCCUCAUGUUCCAGCAGCAGGAUGAGUCAGAAAGAGGGAGUUACCCUCCAGGUUAUCCUGGGGCAGAGCAGGAGCCAACCAACCCCCUGGAUACUAUCCACAGGACUGCUUUUAGACACAGCCAGUAUGCUCGGGCAACAACACGGCCUUCAUGAGAAGAUGCAAUCACUCUGAGGGCCUUGAGUGAGGAACCUUCCACCUUUGAAUUAUUCUUCUGUGAAAUUCUACCUAAAUUGCAUGUGUACUAGGUAUGAAUGGAUUUCUAGGUACUAUAGACAAUGUUAGAAGUAAUUCUUCUACUGCAAUGAAGCACUUUGAAAGAUGUUGAAGAAUUUAUAAUAGGGGUAAAGGAAUAGCACUACCCAUGGAGAGUGAAUUGCGCUUUCAACUGUAAUAUUUGGGUCUGAAAUGUCAAGUUGCUUAAUUUUUGUAUUGGUGGUAAGGGUUAAGCAUCUAAAUGUUACAUUGCCUUCAGAAAGUAUUCACACCCCUGGACUUUUUCCACAUUUUGUUGUGUUACAAUAACCCAUAAUGUCAAAGUGGAAUUCUGUUUUUUACUAAUUAAUAAGAAAUGAAAAGCUGAAAUGUUUUGAGUCAAUACGUAUUCAACCCGUGUUACAGCAAGCCUUUCCUUCUUAAUGCGUUCGAGCCAAUCACUUGUGUUGUGACAAGGUAGGAUUGGUAUACAGAACAUAGCCCUAUUUGGCAAAAGACCAAGUCCAUGUUAUGGCAAGAGCAACUCAAAUAAGCAAAGAGAAAUAACAGUCUAUCAUUACUUUAAGACAUGAAGGACAGUCAAUCCGGAAUGUUUCUUGAACGUUUCUUCCAAGUGCAGUCGCAAAAACCAUCAAGUGCUAUGAUGAAACUGUCUCUCAUCAGGACCGCCACAGGAAAGGAAGACCCAGAGUUACAUCUGCUGCAGAGGAUAAGUUCAUUAGAGUUACCAGCCUACCGAAAUCUGCAAUUAACUGCACCUCAGAUUGCAGCCCAAAUAAAUAUUUCACAGAGUUCAAGUAACAGACACAUCUCAACAUCAACGGUUCAGAGGAGACUGCAUGAGUCAGGCCUUCAUGGUCGAAAUACUGCAAAGAAACCACCACUAAAGGACACCAAUAAGAAGACGAGACUUGCUUUGGCCAAGAAACAUGAGCAAUGGACAUUAGACCCGUGGAAAUCUGUCCUUUGGUCUGAUGAGUCCAAAUUGGAGAUUUUUGGUUCCAACCACUGUGUCAUUGUGAGACGUAGAGUAGGUGAACAGAUGAUCUCCGCAUGUGUGGUUCCCAUCGUGAAGCAUGGAGGAGGAGGUGUGAUGGUGCUUUGCUGGUGACACUGUCUGUGAUUUAUUUAGAAUUCAAGGCACACUUAACCAGCAUGGCUACCACAGCAUUUUGCAGCAAUACGCCAUUUACAUUUACAUUACAUUUAAGUCAUUUAGCAGACGCUCUUAUCCAGAGCGACUUACAAGUACAUACAUUCAUACUUUUUUUGUACUGGCCCCCCGUGGGAAAUGAACCCACAACCCUGGCGUUGCAAGCGCCAUGCUCUACCAACUGAGCUACACGGGGCCGUGUAUCUGGUUUGCGCUUAGUGGGACUAUCAUUUGUUUUUCAACAGGACAAUGACCCAAAACACACCUCCAGGCUGUGUAAGGGCCAUUUGACCGAGAAGGAGAGUGACGGAGUGAUGCAUCAGAUGACCUGGCCUCCACAAUCACCCGACCUCAACCCAAUUGAGAUGGUUUGUGAUGAGUUGGACCGCAGUGAAAGAAAAGUAGCCAAUAAGUGCUCAGCAUAUGUGGGAACUCCUUCAAGACUGUUGGAAAAGCAGUUCUCAUGAACUGAGAGAUUGAGAGAAUUCCAAGUGUUCAAAGCUGUCAUCAAGUCAAAGUGUGGCUACUUUGAAGAAUCUCAAAUAUAAAAUAUAUCUUGGUUUAACACUUUUUGGCUUACUACAUGAUUCCAUGUGUUAUUUCAUAGUUUUGAUGUUUUCACUGUUAUUCUACAAUGUAGAAAAUAGUACAAAUAAAGUUAAACUCUUGAAUGAGUGUCCAAACUCCAAACAAAGGUGUCCAAACUUUUGACCGGUACUGUAAAUCAGCUUGAAAAUCUAUGGCAAGACUUGAAAAUGGCUGUCUAGCAAUGAUUAACAACCAACUUGACAGAGCUUGUAGAACUUUUUCAAUAAUAAAUGUGCAAAUAUUGUAUAAUCCAGAUGUGCAAAGCUCUUAGAGACUUACCCAGAAAGACUCACAGCUGUAAUUGCUGCCAAAGGUGAUUCUAACAUGUAUUGACUCAGGGGUGUGAAUACUUACAUAAAUGAGAUAUUUCUGUAUUUAAUUUUCAAUAAAUUUGCUAACAAUUAUAAAAACAUGUCUUCACUUUGUCAUUAUGGGGUAAUGUGUGUAGAUGGGUGAGAAAAACAAUCAACAAAAUGUGGAAUAAGUCAAAGCGUAUGAAUACUUUCUGAAGGCACUGUACAAUUUCUGCUCGAGUAAUGUCAGUAACAAAUUCUUGAUAUUGGCCCUUUACCUGCAUAAACUUGGCAUAGGGAUAUUGAUUCAGU